CGACAAGUAACAAGUGCGGACUCCAGCGGCUUGUGAGCCACUCUAUUCUUCCCUCAGUUUUUGGGUGCGAUCUGCUAUAAGCGGUGUUGCCGUUUGCUGCUUCAAGUGAAACCGAUUUUCGUGUGUCUUGUGUUGUGCUAAGCGGUUAUCUGCUUUCAAGAAAAAAAGAAUUCCCACCCCAACUUUAACAGAUAACGCCAUCGUCACCGACACCGGAACGAUAACCACACAGCCAUCGGCCAAGGUUUUAUGUGUGUGCGUACGUGCGGGUGUCCACUUCCACGCACCAUCGUCCACCGUGGAUCUCCAGUCGCGUUCGAUCCGUGCCCUGUAACGGCUGUGUUCUGCUUGCCAAUCGCGCUACUAUCCUGUGUUUGCUCUGAUAAGUGAUUGCUAAUCAAUACUCGAGUGCUGAAGUGCACCGUUCGUGUCUGUGUGUGUGUGUUUAAGUGAGGGUGAGAACAACGAUAAUAACGACGAAUCGUAUUGCUAAACCACAAACAGAAUGUCCUCUAAGACGAAUGGUACGGCGGCAGCGACCGUGGCGAACGGUACUCCCAAGUAUGAGGCCCGGCUCUGUCACGUGGUGAAACGGGCCGACUUUGAUGGCUACGGGUUCAAUCUGCACGCCGAAAAGGGACGGCCGGGCCAGUACAUUGGCAAGGUGGACGAUGGUUCACCGGCGGAGGGUGCGGGCCUGCGCCAGGGUGAUCGUAUCAUCGAGGUGAACGGCCACAACAUCACGACCGAAACGCACAAGAAGGUGGUCGAGCUGAUCAAGGCUGUACCGAACGAGACGCGACUGCUGGUGAUCGAUCCACGGGCCGAUGCCAACGAUCUGAAGAUGGCGCUGGCGAAGGCAUCGGCGGCGACCACUACGGCCACAACCGCCGUUUCCAACAACAACAACAAUAAUAACAACACGAACGGAACAAGCAACGGGCCUCAGGAGAAUGGUGGUAAACUGCACAGCAAGGACACGAACGGCCAGAAGAAGGACUCGAUCAAGGUGGAGGCUGCGCUCCAUGAGGAGAAGUCCCCGAAAACCAAUGGCACCACCAACAAUAACGUCACUAACAACAACAACAUCAACAGUCACCAUCACCAAAACGGCAACGGAACCACCACCGUGGACAGCACGACCAAGACGACGACGACGAUGGACAAAAUCAUCGACGAUACGAAGAAAUCGCUUACGGUGACGGAUGGGGCCGCCACGGGAAAGAUGGCCCUGAAUGGAACGGCUACUGAGCCCGCCGCAGCAACAGUAACGCCAGUACCCGCCGCCAGCGAGGGCAAGAAGCUGAACCUGCCGAUGACGGCGGCCGAGAUGCGGGCACAGCUGGCCGCCCGCAAGAAGUACGAUCCCAAGAACGAUGUGUGCGAUUUGCGUAAAAAGUACGAAAUCAUCCAGAAGAUGUAAGAACCGCGAAUGGCGCGAUCGUAAACCACGUUUUCCGGCAACUAAUCCAGCAAAUCUGAGACAGAGAGUGAAAGUGAGAUAACGAACCGGAAGUUUAGCAGCCCUGGCAUGGAAGGAAGCGGAAGGGCAGUGGGAGGAGAGUUGACAAACAAGAUGAUUGCUUUCCGUUUGCCCCGGUGGGGCCUCUCUUUGCAAAUCCCCAGUCUGUUUGUCACAACAAAACACAGCCACAACGUGUAAUACGUUGUUUGUCCUGCUACCGCAGUCGACGCGGUUACGCGGUAGCAUCAAGGAACGCAGUACCACAGCGGCAUUCCUGUUCCCUAUUCCCGGUUUCUAAGCCCUCAGUUACACACCCUCACUUAGCAGCUGUUGGUUGACGGCAUUUAGACACCGGAGGUGUAACAAUCAACACAACGCCCUUCAUUACUCUGCCCGAAGUGCCGAGGACCAAUAAACUGAAAAUCCCCUCCGCCAUCUCGGUUAUUGAGUGACCCGUUGCCGUGCCGUGAGUCAAGAUCAGCAGGGCUUAUCAGCAGCAUCUGCCGAAGGAAUGCGAGAAAAGGUACCGCUAAUCGAACACCACGAUGUGAUUUACCAUUAUAGCUGCACGAUUAGCAGGUUCCCUCUAUUGCUGUGCCAAGUUCCGCGCCUCAACACGCACAUGCGAUGCGACCUUAGAACCUGGUGUUUAAUCAUGUACCGUUUUUGAUCGAGUUUCCUUCGUCUUUGACAAGUUCGGCGUACGGACGCGCCACGUUCGCUUGCUGCCGCGCUGCGUCAUCAAACACUCAUUCUUAUCACGACGGACCGCUCCGACACCACCGGUUGAUAAGACCGAUGCCGGUGAACGGCAAUGGCCGCCUGGCUAUCUCUCUGUCCCGUUUUAUCGAAACCACGGAUCGGAAUGCGCGAGCUCUGGUUUUUCAAUCGAUAACCAAAUUGAAAAACAUGCUUAAUUGUCCAACUCCACUCCCACCGGGGGCUUUUGAUUGAUUUUGCUGCCCAGAAAAAGCUACUAGAAGUGCGAUUUUGGUUGAUGGAAAACGUGGUCAACGGAGACAGGCGACACUGGAUAGUAGUUGUAGCCACUUGAAAACCUUGAAAGCUUCCUCUUGAAUACAUAUUUCUUAAAUAUAAGGGUAUUUCAUAAAGCAAAAAGUAAAAGAGAAAGAGAGAGAGAGAGAGAGAGAGAGAGAGAGAGAGAGAGAGAAAGAGCCGAGAGAGUUUGUGUACAGAGCGUAAAUUUGAAGGUAAAAUAUGAAAACGAAACAUAUAAAGAAGGGAAAGGUAAUCGGAAGUGGUAAUGCUGAAUCCUGGCAGUUAAUAUCAAGAGUGAUGGAAUGGAACAAUAUAGUAAGAAGAUACAAAACAUAUCGAAAACCGAAACAAAAAAUGGUCGAAGCGACAUGUGUGCCAAGAAUUCGUUAAUUUCACAGCCUUUUCAAACUAUCCCGAAGAAUAAUGUUCUGAACAGUGAGCAAGCAACUAGCAGCGCGUGAAGAGUAAAAGCCAGUUCCCCUUCCUAAUUUCUUUCAAAUUCUUUCUGUUUAAAUUAAUCAAAAAUUCAUUUCUUUUGGCGAGGAAUCAUUAUUUUACGUGGAUUGUAGGAUUUACUGAUACGAUUAUUGCGAUGACUAGUGAUAGUAAUAGUGCAUAAAAUGGGCCAGAACGAGAACCCACAGGGAGAGACACACGGUUGGUGAUGACGAAGAAAGCUUGGGCGGAUUUAUGCACCCGAAAGCAAAGCUGUAAUAAGUAGAAUAAACAUAUUUAUACUGUAA